AUGUCUCUUCCCGUCGCCAUUCAAUCCGCCGUUUUCUACAUUCUCGCCUGCACACCAUGCGCCAAGGUCCGACAUCGACAAAAGGUCCGCGAGCAAUCGAAGAAGGAACGCGAGGAGAAGGCAAGAAUAGUGGGAGAACAACCGGACGUCUACCAGCAUCCUUCGCCAUUCAACACAAACCCCUACUGGCAGCAGGAGAUUAGCAUGGGACCAGCUUUACCAAAGAAAUCAGCCAGCAAGAACUCCAGUCAGCGCGGCCUUACUAGCCAAGGCGGCGAAAGUAGUGCACUCAGUGUAUCCGAGCAAACGUUUCAAGGUGGAAGCCGUAUUGAUUUUGGCGCUAGCAAUUCCGUCAUUGCUGAAGAGGACAGCAUCUCCGACGACUGGAACAGACGGCAUGGAUAUCAACGUGAGGACGAGGAGCUAUGGGGACGCCAAAAAUUCAUGGACGCCAUAUCAAAAGCGCGAGAUUCUGCUGGACGACUGAUCGAGUCUACACUGGGUCUUGAGAAGGACGUCACCGAACAACAACGACACGACUUUUACUUCCCUAAGAACCCACCCAUUAACGAAUAUCAUCCUCCCGUUGUCAGCAGCAAGAUCCCUUCGCGAACUGCUCAUCAAUGGAUGCUACAGCCCCCGCCAUCGGCAAAGGUCAUGGAGGGCAAGGUGCCCGUUAGCCGGGCCGGUAGCUCCGGCAGCAAGUCGAGUGGCAGGACCCUGGUCGGAGAGGAUAUUCAGCUCGGCCGUCUUGUCCACGAGAAGUUGUUCAUGGAGAAGUUGAAGAAGGAGAACAGCAACCCUACCGAAACCGAACUCAUCGAAUCCCUCUUCCUGAACCGUACGAGCCCGUCUCUAUCUAAAAACCGAACCCGAAGCCUCUCAUUCGAAACAUCCGACGACUCACUCGACAGUGGCUUUGCCAAGCGAAAGACUAGACUCCGACCCGUUGCCGCUCCUCCAGGAUACGAUUCUUCAGAUGAUUCAGAUUCAGAUGCGCCCAUGCCAUUUUCCCAAAGUGCUAUGAACCUGAGCGCCCGCCGUACACCCUCCGGGGCCGCUCAUGCCGCUCGCCGGCCCAAGCUUGAGACCAUUAUGAGCACAUCUGGCACAGCCACCCGAAUGUCUUCAAAGCGAUCAAAGCGACAAAGGUCCACUCGAUCCAAGAGACUCUCAGGUGCUGCAUCCCCUGUUGGCGAUGAUUCUGACUAG